CUCGAACUACGACCAUGAGCUCCAACACCACUUCCGCCUUCCGUCAACACGCAUAUCUGCAUCCGUCGCCACGAUGCCGGUCAGCAAGGCGACCAAGAAAUUUCAGAAGAAGCAUCUGUCAGACACACUGGAAAAGCGCAAGGGACUGAAAAAGACCAAGCAGCAGCAGCAACUGAAGGAGCGCAAGAAAAAGCGGAGGGCAGAAGAGGAAGGCAAGGAUGGGGAAACCGAUGGGCAGCCGACAACGAAUGGGAACAAUCAGAAGGCCGUCGCGGAUGCCUUCAAGGAUAUGAGCGUCGAUGACUUCUUCCAAGGCGGGUUCGAAGUCCCGGAAUUGCCCAAAAAGAAAGCCAGCAAGAGAAAACGAGACAGCGACGACGAGACAUCAGAUUCGGGCUCUGCUGCGGAGCAGGCGCCGGUGCGAGGAGAUAGCGAUGGCGACUCAGACUCUGAGAGCGACGUUGGCGACUUCAAAGAGCAGCUUGAUCGAUUGGCCAAGGAGGAUCCAGAGUUCCACAAAGUGCUACAAAAGGAUGAGCCUGAGGUGUUUGAUGAUUUGGACAAUCUGGAAUUGAGCGAGACCGACGAUGACGAGCCUAAGCGGAAGAAACAGAAGAAGCGAGACGACUCAGAAGACGAGGCGGACAACAACGAGCUGGAUCUCAAGACUGUCAAGAAGUGGAGAGCUGCACUGCAAGAACAACAUUCUCUGCGUGCCGCAAAAGAGGUCGUAAUCGCUUUCAGGUCCGCGGCCCAAAUCUCUUCGUCAGACGCAGAGGAGAAGGAGUUCAAGUACUCGGUAUCGAAUCCACAGGUCUACCACGAGCUGCUCACUACUGCACUGAAGGAGAUCCCCAAAGUCUUCGAGCACCACUUGCCGGUACAGGAGGCGAAGAAUGGGAAAGUCCACGUCCAGACGGAAUCCAAGAAGUUCAAGACACUCGGCCCCAUGUUGCGCUCUCAGAUAUCUGGUAUCCUGCACCUUCUGGACCAUCUAUCAGACCCAGCGACCCUCCGGCUUACCCUCGCAUCGCUGUUGCCGCUCCUGCCUUACUUGCUUUCCUUCAAGAAGCUGGUGCGGGAUGUCUCGCGUGCAGUGACUGUCGUCUGGUCUUCGCAUAGCAACACCGAAGCGACGCGUAUCGCAGCGUUCCUUGUCAUGCGUCGACUGACCGUUAUUGGCGAUGCCGGCAUUCGCGAAAACGUGCUCAAAGCCACUUAUCAGGCACUAGUAAAAGGCGCGCGCAACACAACAGUGCACACUAUGCCUGGCGUGAACUUGAUGAAGAACUCUGCUGCUGAGCUUUGGGGUCUUGCCGGUGGCGAGGGUGGUGUAGCAUACACUACCGCAUUCACAUUCAUCCGAAGCUUGGCUCUGCACCUGCGAGGUAGCAUCACGAACAACUCCAACGAGAGCUACAAAGCGAUAUACAAUUGGCAAUACGUACACAGCCUGGACUUCUGGAGCAGAGUUCUGGCAAUGCACUGCACAGAAAAGUCCUCACCGCUGCAAGCACUGAUAUAUCCUUUCGUGCAAGUCACGCUCGGGGCACUACGACUGAUCCCAACAGCGACCUACUUUCCACUGCGCUUUCAACUCGUACGUUCUAUGUUACGAGUCAGCCUUGCCACUGGAACCUACAUUCCGCUCGCAGCCCCCCUGUACGAAGUCCUAAACAGCGCUGAGAUGAGGAAGGCUCCGAAGCCAGCCACACUCAAGCCUUUGGACUUCAAUACCACGAUCCGGGCGCCAAAGUCAUACUUGCGGACUCGCACGUAUCAGGAUGGUGUUGCUGAGCAAGUGCAGGAACUGCUUUCUGAAUUCUUCGUUAUGUGGGCCAAGAACAUUGCGUUCCCAGAACUUGCUCUUCCAGUCACAGUCAUGCUACGUCGUUGGCUCAAAGAAGCGAAUCAGCGAGGAAAGGGCAAGGGUGGCAACAAGAAUACCAAAAUCAACAGCGCCAUACAGCUGCUCGUCCAGAAAUUGGAGGCCAAUGCGAAGUGGAUUGAGGAGAGGCGAGCAAAGGUCGAGUUUGCGCCAAACCACCGUCAAGGCGUUGAUGCGUUCCUGAAGGACGUCAGUUGGGAGAAGACUCCGCUGGGCGCGUAUGUCGUAGGACAGCGGAAGACCAGGGAGGAGAAGGCAAGAGUUAUCGAGGAAGGCAGGAAAGAGGAAGAGAGGAGGCGCGCUAGCGAGAAGGCUGCCAAAGGGGGUGCAGAAGAUCGUGAAGAGAGUGACGAUGAGGCCAGUGAAAGUGAGGCCGACAGUCAAGAUGAUGACGAUGAGGAGAUGCUAGAUGUCGAAGAGGACGAUGACAGCGAGUAGCCAUCAGUCGACUCAAUAGUCCGCAGGAAGAAGUAAUGCUGCGCGAACACGCGCUUCAGAAAAGUACAGAUUGCUAUUCUCCGGUCCAAUUGGGCUGAGAUCAAUCCGUCAAGGUACCCCUCAUGAGCGCUGAAGUCGG